AUGAGAAGCAGCCUGACACUGGUGGGGACCCUCUGGGCCUUCCUGUCUCUUGUUACUGCUAUGGCCAGUUCUACCAGUUACUUCCUGCCUUACUGGCUCUUUGGAUCCCAGCUGGGGAAGCCAGUGUCAUUCAGCACAUUCCGGAGGUGCAACUACCCUGUGCGUGGAGAGGGGCACAGUCUGAUCAUGGUAGAAGAGUGUGGGCGCUAUGCCAGCUUCAGUGCCAUCCCAAGCCUUGCCUGGCAGAUGUGCACAGUGGUGACAGGUGUUGGCUGUGCUCUCCUGCUCCUGGUGGCAAUGACUGCAGUCCUGGGCUGCUGCAUGGAGGAGCUUAUCUCCAGAAUGAUGGGACGUUGCAUGGGAGCAGCGCAGUUCGUGGGAGGGCUGCUGAUAAGCUCAGGUUGUGCAUUAUACCCCUUAGGAUGGAAUAGCCCGGAAGUAAUGCAAACAUGUGGGAAUAUCUCCAAUCAAUUUCAGUUAGGUACCUGUAGGCUUGGUUGGGCCUAUUACUGUGCUGGAGGUGGAGCAGCUGCAGCCAUGUUGAUCUGUACCUGGCUCUCUUGCUUUGCUGGAAGAAACCCCAAACCUGUUAUGUUGGUGGAAAGCAUCAUGAGGAACACAAAUUCUUAUGCCAUGGAGCUUGACUACUGCCUCAAGCCUUGA